AUAUCCAUGAAUAGAAGUCAGUAGCCUAGUGAAAGAUGAAAAAAUGCUUAAGUUAGUAAUUGUUGAAAUUGUUAGUGUUUUAUUGCGUUGAAAAUAUUGUGCUAUAGGACCUGAUACAGAAUUAGUAAUUAACAGCAGUCUAGAAGGCUGAAAUGCACCGAUCAAUCGGCCAGUGAAAGGAAUCCUCCAAUCGCUUCAGCUGAUCUUGGUUUGGGAUGUCUAAUUUGUAGAACCGAUCUUUGGUGUACAAUGUCAGCCAAAAUUAUUAUUUGAUCCAGCAUUUUCCUCAUGAGUUCACUUUUCUUUUGGUUACUCUGAUUAAAUAAACAGUCACAUUAAUGUGGGUAUUCUGUUUGUUCACUGGCAAGGAUCGAGACUACACAAUAGUUAAUCUUAUACAUACGACAGGGAAUAUUAGGCUAUGCGCGCAUUACGGAACCCGUAGCCUGUCCUGUGUAGCUGAGUGAGAACACGCGAGGCCAAGCAGUGCUAAGCAGACAGGCACAAGACGGGAAAUAUUAGGCUAGAUGUAGCCUCUUCAACCAGGCUUCUUCAAUCAAUAAAUAUAGGUCUAGCUUUUCACUAAAAGGAUGCCGGACAAGAUUUGAGGUGUGGCCUCGCAAGACUGGGCUAAAAAGUUUAUUGCAGACCACCCUGUGUCGUUAAUUUCUGCGAGGAACUAAAACUCAAACUGCGGUAUAGUGAGUAGAAACCAUAUAUAUUGUGAACGUGUUUUUAUGUUACCGUGGUAAAGGUAAUUUUACUUCGGUAUAUGACAGAUAUUCAGACAUUAAACGCUCAAUAGGUCGCAAAAAAUUUAAGCUAGGUCCGGGUAUUAUUAGUUUGUUCGUUUACUUAGGACAACAAAAUAAUGAGCAUUUCGUUUGUUCAGAAAAAAAACAAACGAACGGAUACUUGACCAGAGGAGGGGUGACAUUUGACUGGGGGAGGGGUGAUGACUGAGUAGGAGGAUGAAAAGAGUUUCUGGAGGAAUGAUAAUGUUCCUAAUAUGGAUGCUGUACAUCGGAACGCUCUCGGUCAUACACAUUACCCAACAUGCACAGCGAAUACAUCUACGUUAAGCCGUACGCACGUCUAAGGACCGAGAAGCACCCCAGUGACAGACACCGCAUCAUGCUAAAGUGCAGCGCCUACAAGUUCUACCCCAGAAAAAUCAGAGUGACCUGGUUCAGGGACGGACAGGAAGUGCCCAUGAACAUGACUUCCACAGAGGAGCUGGCGAAUGGUGACUGGUACUACCAGAUCCACUCCUACCUGGAGUUCACGCCCACACCAGGAGAGAAGAUCUCCUGCAUGUUGAAACACGCCAGCCUCAUCGAGCCCAUGAUCCUCCACUGGGACGAGCCACUGCCUGGGUCUGGGAGGAGUAAGAUAGCUAUGGGGGCAUCCGGCCUGGUUCUGGGACUGGUCUUUGCUGCUGCUGGGCUCAUCUACUACUACUACUGCAGAUUGAAAGCUACUGGUCAUCAUUACAACAGGCCAUAACUAAGGGAGGUGGAGUGAAAACAACAGAAGUCAGAUGCCAACAAGGAGGCAGAAAGGAGGAGGCAGAAUGAAGGACCUGUCGGGACGGAGGAGAAAAUGAAUUUAACAGAAUUAAGAGAUUAACAGUGUCUAGAGGAAACAGGUCGGCUGAGCACUGCCCUCCAUGGGGAAACUGAAUGCUCGGCAUUAAAGCCUUGGUUUGUUGACCGUUUGCGGGAGGGAUUCUAACACUGAACCUAGCGACUGGAAAUCAAGGAUUUCUGAAGCAUUCGAGGCUUUCAUUGAAUUGGCCCGAAAAACAGUCCAUUGUCUCGAGGAUUUUGAACUCACUGCACAGUGGUGACACCUGCUGGUCAGGAAUAAAUGUCACAUUUAAUGUCUUUGAAGACAAAUUUGCCACAAUAACCUGUGGUUCAAUGUGCAUUUUGCGAAGGUUCAUAUCCCACAUUCUUCUUGCCUUUCCAGCUAACAUUUUUCAACUGUGCAUCCAUUCUAAUGUUUUGUAUUAUAAGGCAAGAGUGUCAUAAGUGUCAUAAGACACUACAUAAAACAAAUUACUUAAACAACACUAAACAGUAGCUAUAAUAAACCAUAGAAGCCUGCAUUUUACAAGAGCCUUUGGAAAAAGCACGUGAUCAGACAAUGCUUCGGACGUCAUCAAUCACGUGGUAUUACAGCAAUGUAAAAGAACUGAUUUCUUUUCAAGCAAAAAUAAUUGUUCUGAAAGCAAAAAUGAAGAGUAAAACAAAUGUUUUUGCAAUCAAAUGUUUUGUAAUUGAAUGCAAAACAUUGUUUUUUAUUCCCAAAAAUAUUUUGAGAACAAAAAAUGUAGUUUGAAACAAUUUUGUUGUCCACCAUCCUUCAUUUUGACUAGGCUGCCCCCUUAGCUGGCAGUGCUUCUUUGUUUUACACUUGAAACUUGAAGUUGGACGGCAGAAUAGACUGACAUCUUUGUAGUAGAAGGUAAUGAACCGACAGUGAGUCAUAGGAGCUUAACUACUAGCUAUGUAGAAAUUGGAUGGAAGAAAGCUGUGCUGCUUUCUUCCAUCCAGAAGAAAGCUGCAAAUAAAGAAACUAGUAUCACAAUCUAAAAGGUUUUAAAAGCCAAAAAA